AGCUAAACCGUGGGGGCAGGAGGCAGGUUCCGCGGCCAGUGACACUCCGGACACCCAUUAUGGAUUUUGAUUUGUAUCCAAUUGUUGCGUGUGUGAAGGAUUAGGGCGUGGCGGCGCCCUGGACCCACGCCCUGUUGUACUGACCAUGUUAAGCGUGGCCGCGUGGGACGCCCGCUCAGCCAUGGCCCGCACGCCACUCAAACACGCCUUCUCCAUCAACUCCAUCCUGCCGGAGACGGCGCUCGACAACCCCACCGCCAUUCCUAGGGACGUGCCCAAGGACGAGCUCCUCAUGGACGACGUGGAGAUGACCACAGCGGACGACGACGACGACGACGAGGUGGACAUUGACGUGACGGGCGCCGUCAGCCCCGGCGCCAUGUCCGAGUCGGAGGCCGAGGACCACACCGACAAGGACGACAAAGACGUCAAGAAAGACGAGGAGAAGAAAGACGGAGAGGAGAAGAAGAAGCACGAGAAGCCGCCCUUCAGCUACAACGCCCUCAUCAUGAUGGCCAUCAGGUCAUCGCCCGAGAAGCGGCUCACCCUCAACGGCAUCUACGAGUUCAUCAUGAAGAACUUCCCGUAUUACCGGGAGAACAAACAAGGGUGGCAGAACUCCAUCCGUCACAACUUGAGUCUUAACAAGUGUUUUGUUAAGGUUCCCCGUCACUACGACGACCCGGGCAAGGGCAACUACUGGAUGCUCGACCCCUCGGCCGACGACGUGUUUAUCGGCGGCACCACGGGCAAGCUGCGGCGCCGCUCCACCACAGCUUCCCGCAACCGCUUGGCCGCCUUCAAGCAGUCCCUUCUCGGCCGCUUCGGCUGCUAUCCACCCUUCGGCCUGGCGCCGUACGCUGCGGCUGCGGCCGCCGCAGGGCUCGGGGGAGCGCUGGCACCGGGCUCACUCCCCGUGUCCCUGCCAGGGGCUCUCCCGGGAUCCCUGGCCUCAACUCCCCUGUAUCAGCAAGCCACGGCUGCCGCAGCUGCCGCAGCCGCACUCUACCGCGGGUACUCUCCCUCGUACUAUACCAGCCCGCUGCCCGCGGGUCCAGCCCCGCUGACGGGCCCAGCGCCGCCCGCGGGCCUCCCAAAGCCCACCGCCCUCACGCCCGCAGCCUCCCACCCGCCAACCACGUCGUUCAGCGUGGACCGCUUGCUGGCCGACACGCCCGUGAGUGGGCCGCCGUCGACGCUGGGCGGCCACCCAUCCCUCCUGCUGGGCGGCCUGGCCGGAGCUCACGCCCUCUCCCACUACGACGUUUACCGGAACUCCCUGCUCUCCCAGGCGGGCCUCGGCCACACCCUGGGGGGCAUGACCGCCGCCCUCGGCCCUGGCAUGGUGGGCGGCGGCCUGGGGGUGGCGGGGGUCGGAGCCCCAGGCAGCCCCAGCACCAGCGUCGUCACCACCACCAGCAGCGACGGGACGGCCCGCCAGCCCGUAUUCAAACCCGUGACGGUUGUGGCGCGGCCCAGCUAGUCGGGCCGCAGUGGGCGGCCACGGUGGGCGGCCACGGUGG